ACUGGUGAAAUCUAAACGAAAGUGAAAGUAGAAAAACAACAGGCGAUGAUGUCGGGGGAGACUCUUAUUUCGAAAUUCAAAGGCGCUUUAGUUGGUGCUGUACUUGGCGAUUGUAUAGGUUCUAUAUUUGAGGGAUUAUGGGCAAAAAGUAUUGCAAUCGAGAAGGUCCUUAAAAAAGUCGAUAAAGUUGAAUCGGAGGCAGAGAAAACUGACGAUGAAGACCGCAAAAUAUGGGAGUAUACAGAUGACACAGCGAUGGCUAGAAGUGUGGCUAAAUCCCUGAUAGAGAAGAAAGGCCUAGAUCCCAAACACAUGGCACAGAUGUUUUCAGAGGAGUAUUUUAAGGAGCCAUUCAGGGGCUAUGGAGGAGGUGUCAUCACAGUGUUCACUAAGCUUAAAGAAUCACAUUAUUUGGACCCCUUCAGACCUGCUGCAGAACAGUUUGAUGGGUGUGGAUCUUAUGGUAAUGGUGGGGCCAUGCGCAUUGUUCCAGCUUCUUUAUUUGCAUACAAAGAAAAUGAUCCCAAAACCCUGACAGGUCUGGUGGAACAGGUUACGAAGCUAACACACACUCACCCCUCAGCUGUAGACGGUGCACUCCUCCAGAGUUAUGCCGUGGAUCUGGCUCUAAGGGGAUCAGGAGAGUUAAAAAUAGAAUCGUUCUGUGACGAGCUUCAGAAGAGAAUGAAGGAAAGGGAGGAGAGUGAAGCAAAGAAAGACAAAAAGAAAAAAGGAAAAGAAGAAGACCAGCCAGACAUGAUAAAAACAUCAUCAGACUUCCCAUCACUUGCAUACACAGAAAUUAUUGAUGAAAUAAAGAAAUGUGCCUUACAAGACCCCAUUCCUACCAGUGAAGAAAUCAGUGAAAGACUGGGAACAGACAUAGCAGCCUACAGGUCCGUCCCAGCAGCUGUCUACUCCUUCCUCAGGGCCUCCACAGACAUCAACAAACUGGAGGGCAGGAAUCCAUUUGAAAAGACCAUCAUUCUAGCCAUUUCUCUGGGAGGUGAUACAGACACCAUAGCUACAAUGGCCGGCGCUAUAGCAGGUGCCUGGUACGGAUUAGAGACUAUCCCUCAGUCCUGGCAGAGGAGCUGUGAAGCUGUCGAUGAUGCUUUGACUUUUGCGACAGAGCUUCACAAAAUCAAUACCUCAGAUGAGUGAUUCAACAAUUUGUAGCAGAACUGCAAUGAUCUCUCUCUUACUGUUAUUAGAUCUGUUCUUUAUUGCUGACUGUGUGGGGAAAAACUGCGCGGACAUAUAUACAGGGCCAAGAAAUAUACAUCAUGCAUCAAAAGUGUGAAAUAAAAUUGCAUUAUCUUUAUAGGAUUCUAAUUAUAUUAGAACUCUAAAGGCAUUCAACUUUAAAAUCUGUUUUAAUCAAAUAAAUGUAAAAGAUGAAUAGUUAAAGUGCAAUAAGAAAUUUUUGUUAUUGAUAUUAGAUAAGUUUAAUGACAGUACAAAUGACUGUAAUUUGCAGAAUUGUCCUAUCAUUUUACGCUGUUGUACAAAUUGAUAACUUUGCACGUCAAAAAGGAAAUAUGCUUUACACUGACUGUGAUAUUUUUAUGCAAAUACAUGUACUUUUCAUGAAUAAAGAUGUAUCCUUUCAAUAA